GCAUCGUCAAUUAUCCUAUUCAGUAGCUAUUGUGGUCUCAAUUGCGAUGGAUGGAACGCGCUAAAAAGGACGUCAGAAACGCCACGCCGCACGACGAAACUUCCUUUUGUUACGCACACGUGUUAGUUCCAUCGUGGUCCGUCGACCCACGAAAUCGGAACGGAAGGUUUAUUAGAUGCGCCAGUCGCCGUGGAAAAGCUCUCUCAACCAGUUUUGGAAAAGCGCAGCAUCAGUCGCUUCCUAGUUUUCUACACACUCAUUCUUUACUAGAGUUGUCUCUCUGUAAUUCUCGCUUCAAUCUAAUUGGAAUCAUUAGAGUGUGCGCAUGUGUGAUCUUAUCUCGCCUUUAUUUUACACUUUUGUUUUGUUAUUGUUGUCGCAACCGUCACAGGUAGUUUGAGAUUUGCUUUUGGAGAGUUUAGAGGAAAAGUAACAGAUGAUGUCGUUGAGAACUCUGUUCCAUCUGGCAGCGUUCGCUCACGACGCCUUCAGUUUUUGGUAUGAUUACACCUACGUCAAUCUCAGGCAUCUGUCGACCAAACCCGACAUCGAAUUUGCGCGGGGCAAACUCAAGUACCUGACCGUCUGGAAUUUGGUGCUGCAAGCCUUCUUCUUCAGCGUCUGUUUCUUGAACGACAUCCUCGGCUGCAAGCAGAAGACGAAAGGACAUGAGGGCUGUUUGCAAAAGUUCAAGGAUUACCUGCAAACAUGCUUGGCCUUCCCCAUUUCCUUCUUCGUCGGCCUCACCUUCUGGGCAAUCUACUUCGUGGAUAGGGAGCUGGUGUUGCCGCGCGCCGUCGACCAAUACUUCCCAUGGUGGCUGAACCAAUGCGUGCACACCAACAUCAUGGUCUUCAUCCUGAUCGAGAUGUUCAUCUCGCAGGCGAGGUAUCCACCCAAGAAGAUUGGUUACAGCGUCCUCACCGUCUUCAUGCUCGUCUAUUUGGUGUGGAUACACGUGAUCCACGCCUACACAAACAUGUGGGUCUACCCCGUCCUCGAUGUGCUCAAUAUGCCGCUUCGUAUCGUUUUCUUCCUGUCGCUGCUCGCACUCUCGUUGGCCCUCUACACCGUCGGCGAGAAGUUGAACGGUUGCAUCUGGUCGAAGAAGAGGUCCACCAAGUACAUCCACCUCACCAACAAGAAGGACUGAUGAUCGAUCGCACUUGCCAUGAGUCUCCGUACUCGCGUUGCUGUAUAAUAAAAUUACGUAAAUCACGCAAAACAGAUUCACAAAACCAACAGAUAAAUACAAACAAACAAACAAUAAUGCAAAACAGCAAUGCCAAAGCCAAACGUGAAACCAUAAUUUUAUUGCAAUUGUAAUGAUACUAAUUAUUAAUAUAUUUUUUUAUUUAGUACAAUUUCAGAUGUUUUUUAUACAUAAUAUAUAUAAUAGGUAGUGAGUAUGCGAUGCGUUACGUAACACACGUAUUUUAUAUGACGGUGCACGCUAGUAAUUGUUGAU